UGUGAACUUAAAAAUGAGCCCUUCUUCGCUCACAAGGGAAGUCCCUUAGUAGUUGUGCGAAUAUUCAGUUUGCUUUUCAACGCCUACAUACGCUCCUGAGGUCCUGAUGAUGUAAUGGCAUUCAAAAAUCAACUGAUCAUAGCAAAAUUGUGCUGUAAUUUUUUUUCUAAUAUAUUUAUAUUUUUUCGUAUGGAAUUGUUGUUACAGAAUGACUUCCUAAACUAUCAAAUCCUUUUUGCAUCCACAGAGAAUUAAUUUAAAAUUACUUUAUAUUACUAAUGCAAAUGGUUUGUGGAAAAUGAGGUUGACGGACAUGGCAGUGUCUCUAUGGCCUAAACGAAGUAAUGCAUACCCUUUCGCAUUUAUAUUUAUUCUGUUGUACAACAAAGUAGUUGCUGAUCAAAUAGUUCUUGGAACGACUUUAAAAAGCUACUCCAAGCCUGGUUUGACGUUUGAUGAUAUUCUGCCGGAAGAUAGAUCUACUUAUGACAAAAUGAGGCCACCGAAGAAAGAUGGAAAACCAACUAUUGUCUACUUCCACGUCACAGUAAUGGGACUCGACAGCAUUGACGAAACUUCCAUGACUUACGCAGCUGACAUAUUUUUUGCUCAAACUUGGAAGGAUCAUCGACUUAGGUUACCUGAAAAUAUGACCACCGAAUACCGCUUAUUGGAAGUGGAUUGGCUGAAAAAUAUGUGGCGUCCAGAUUCGUUCUUUAAAAAUGCUAAAUCAGUCAUUUUUCAAACGAUGACCAUCCCGAAUCAUUACAUGUGGCUUUAUAAAGAUAAGACGAUUCUUUACAUGGUAAAGUUAACUUUGAAACUUUCUUGUUCGAUGAAUUUUAUGAUAUACCCACAUGAUACCCAGGAGUGUAAACUUCAAAUGGAGAGCUUGUCGCAUACUACUGACGAUAUGAUUUUCCAAUGGGAUCCAGAUGUACCACUGGUAGUCCAUGAAAAUAUCGAAUUACCUCAGUUAGCAUUAGUAAAAAACUACACGGCAGACUGUACGCAAGUGUAUUCAACAGGGAAUUUUACUUGUUUGGAAGUCGUUUUCGUACUAAAAAGGCGACUAGGGUAUUAUCUGUUUCACACAUACGUCCCAACUUGUUUAAUAGUUAUUAUGUCGUGGGUUUCCUUUUGGAUUAAACCGGAAGCUGCCCCGGCAAGAGUUACUUUAGGUGUAACUUCAUUGCUUACACUUUCAACCCAACAUGCCAAAAGCCAAGCAUCUUUGCCACCAGUUUCGUAUUUGAAAGCUGUAGACGCAUUCAUGUCAGUAUGUACAAUUUUUGUAUUUUUGGCGUUAAUGGAAUACUGUCUAGUCAAUAUAGUAUUAGGAGAUUCGGAUGCUCCGAAACCACCAGCACCGCCCCAAACCGUUCCCCCGAAACGUGAAAACGUUUUCGAAUUUCCCGGUAAAGAAAAUGCUUUAUUAUUGACUGGAGCUCCGAAAUUACCCCCUCCACCGACGGCUGCCCAAAAAGCAAGAAAUAGAGCUUUGAAAAUUGAUAAAUGCUCCCGAGUAUUAUUUCCUUUACUUUUCUUUCUAUUAAAUUGUACUUACUGGAUACUUUUUGCUGAGUACAUCUAAACAUUUGAUGUUUUCUCGUUGGAAAAGAACUUAAUGAAAAGUCAUUGAUUGUUACGAUUGUAUGUAGCAUAAUCACGACGGAUAUUGAAAAAGUUACAGUAAAAUUUUAAAUAAAUAUGAAUGUUGAAACGAUUUAAUUGUUUAUUUUAAUGUUAUGAACGUUGAAAUCGAUGUACCUACCUUAGAAAUAUUAAAUA